CCUCACAACCGAUCGUGUCCUUCCGGGGUGUUGCCUAUAAAAAGAAAACACUGCCAAACCAAAUAACGUAUCUAGCGGUUGGGUUUUCUAGCUGAAACAUCACACCAUUGUAUGAGGUAUAAGGUUUUUCCUUUUCUUUUCGCAUCAAGAUCCAUCAUGACACUAACUCCCGAUGGAUGUAGCACGGAUUAACAUAAAAGAAGACUAGCUCUUUGAUCGCUUCGUAGGGGGGAAGAUGUCCAAUAUACUUGAUGCAGCGUCCAGAGUGAAAUGGGACCGGAAGACUGCAGCGAAGCGAGCUAUCUUUCUCGCGGCCGCUGCCUACGGGGUGAAAACCCUGUACCCCAUCGUCUGCAGACAAUUCGUGAAACGGAAAGAAUGCAAGAAUAACAGGGGGUCUAAAGGAGAGGAAAAUGGCUCGACGGUUGGCGUUAAAUCACAAACAGAUGCACUGAGUCAUAAAAAGUCGCCUGGGGUAAACGCUGAAUUUUUUAAGCAGAUACUUGAACUGAUCAAAAUCCUAUUUCCAAAGCUUGUCUCCAAAGAGCUCGGAUUGCUAUCUCUGCAUUCGGUCGCGUUGAUUUCCCGGACAUUUCUGUCUAUCUAUGUCGCUGGCUUGGAUGGCAAGAUUGUGAAAACAAUCGUUGAGAAAGAACCACGCAGCUUCAUCAUCCAACUGAUGAAAUGGCUCCUUAUUGCCAUCCCGGCCACAUUCGUGAACAGCGUCAUCCGCUACCUCGAGUGCAAGCUGGCCCUCGCCUUCCGCACUCGGCUAGUGGACCAUGCCUACACCACCUAUUUCACAGACCAGACCUACUACAAAGUCAGCAACAUGGACGGGAGACUGACCAACCCGGACCAGUCUCUUACCGAGGACGUAAUGAUGUUUUCCCAAUCCGUGGCGCAUCUCUACUCGAACCUCACCAAGCCCAUCUUGGAUGUGAUACUCACCUCCUACACCCUCAUCCAGACGGCCCGGUCCAGGGGGGCCAACGCCAGCGGGCCGACCCUGCUGGCCGGGCUGGUGGUGUUUUGCACGGCCAAGGUUCUGCGGGCCUGCUCGCCGAAAUUUGGAAAACUAGUAGCUGAGGAGGCCCACAGGAAAGGCCAUUUGCGCUAUGUGCAUUCCAGGAUAAUUGCCAAUGCAGAAGAGAUAGCCUUCUACAGGGGUCACAAGGUAUACAAGGAAGGAUGCAUGGUGGAUUUUGCUUGCAAAGUGACGAUGUAUUUAUUACAAUAGAAAUACCCAUGGGUUGGAUCCCUUGGAGUUGGAUCCAAUGCACACCCAUGACAUCAUAUCCAAUUCCCAAAAGUGAUUUUCAAUCAUUUGAUUGACAGCCUCUUUAUAUGCACUUAUUUUAGAUAAGACUGUCUGCAAGUGCAAAAUAACUAACAUACAAUGUGAAUGUAAUGUGAAAUAUAUUGUAAUACAUUUGUUGUAAAUGUGCUAUACUGUGUAGGCUAGAUACUUUUGUAUGUAAACUGCCUGUUUGUGUUUGUCUGUCCUGUGUGUGUCAGGUGGAGAUGCGUCAGCUGCAGAAGUGCUACCGGGCCCUGGCAGAGCAGAUGAACUUGAUCCUGUCCAAGCGUCUGUGGUACAUCAUGAUAGAGCAGUUCCUCAUGAAGUACGUGUGGAGUAGCUGUGGACUGGUCAUGGUGGCUGUGCCCAUCAUCACCGCUACCGGCUUCGCUGACAGCGGUAACAGUCAUCACAAGAUCAUCUUGUUUUCUUCUAAAGCCUCUUGUUUUCAAGUACAGCAUCUCCGGAGAAGAGGGAAUAGUUGUCAUGGUUUAUCUCUGUUUGUGCAUACCAGUAGGUAGCCUAUUCCGUCUUUCAUUUGAACCAAUUGACAUUUGAUUCUAUUUAGGUCAUUUGGUGCUGAUCUCACAUAGUCCAAAAACCUUUCCCUCUUCAUUUGCAUAUUCCACGUACAGUAGUAGAUGAUCAGCAUGUGUUAACCCACAGGAACCAACUAUCUCAAUGAUACCAUGUAGGUGUUACUCAAGUGAAUGGUGUCAAGGACUUUGUUGUGCUGAUAAGGGUAUAUUCAUCUUAUUGUCCCUAUUGUCCUGUUAGCUGCUAACUAACUGAAUGCUACUAUUGUCUCCACCAGUGGAGGCUGCUGAGGGGAGGACGGCUCAUAAUAAUGUCUGGAACGGAGUGAAUGGAAUGGCCUCAAACACAUGGAAACCAUGUGUUUGAUGUAUUUGAUUCCACGAGCCCGUCCUCCCCAAUUAAGGUGCCACCAACCUCCUGUGGUCUCCACCCCCAUCAGUGUCAUACACACUGAUAACAUGGCAACUAUUGGGUUUUUGGCCACAAAAAAAAGAGCAGUCUUUACAGUCUUACUGGUCUAAGCACAGAAUGGCUCUGUUCCAUUUCGGUCUUUAUUCCCUUUCCCUAGUUCCUCGGCCCUUCCUUAGGCCAUACCCCCUAGGUGUUCACAGAUCAGAAAGCCAAGGGGCUAGGGUCCCAGUAUGUCAUCUCAUAGUGUCUAUCCUUAAUUUCCCCUCUCACAGAGACUGCCGACGGUCAGACUCAGGUGCUGGUGAGCGAGAGGACAGAGGCUUUCACCACCGCACGCAAUCUCCUGGCCUCUGGAGCUGACGCCAUCGAGAGGAUCAUGUCCUCCUACAAAGAGGUG